AUUUGGUAUUGUAGAAUCACAGUGGAAGGUAGUGGAGCGUGCUAGUGGUUGAAACAGUCGCCAACCCUCUAACGUAAGACCGUAAUAUAAACCUCCGUACACAAACCUGCCAAGUCGAGUUGUCAGAUAGCGAAUUCCUCCGUAUUGGCGGGAAACGUGAGGUUUAGAUUUUAGGUCUUUCGAUAUACUUGAUCAGGAUGGCGCAGUGUGUCAAGCUAGCGUGUGCUACUACUGCUCUUACUGCUGCUGUGUUCCUGCUGUUGUCUCCUGCUGCUGAAGGUUGCAGCGACCGUGACCCACGCUGUUCCCUCUGGGCGGGUAAAGGAGAAUGCUACAAAAAUCGAGGUUACAUGCACGUCCACUGUGCCGAGUCCUGCCACCAGUGCGUUGUUCAAGACAAUUCCUGCCAGAACGUCCAUGAGCAGUGCGAAGCCUGGUCCGGCAACGGGGAGUGCCAGAAGAAUUAUGCUUACAUGAGGAAGGUUUGCGCCAGAGCCUGUACAUUCUGUCAACCAGCUAACGAUCACAGCGUCCCUCACGUUCACGCCAACUUCGUAGACGAGUACUGGAAGAAAUUCAGGAGCAGUCACCCAGAGAUCGGCAACUCCCACCACAGCUAGACCACCUCUGUUAGCUCAAGGGAUACGGGAGGGAGGGAGGGUGAGGGUGAACAAGGGUGAAAGAGGGUGAGGGAGGGAGGGAGGCUAGGGAAGUCGUACUCAAUUCAGCUUACUCAACCAAAGUGAAUCCCUAACAACAGGUGAUCACAGUCUCAGUAACUUUAAAGAGAUAUUCUCAGUCAUAGAGGUUUAGAGGUACUGCUGGGAGAUAAUGAGGUUAACCAUUGUCUCAGAUGCUACACGGUCUGAGAGAUGGUUCCGUGGUCUCAGCGUUACCCAGGAGCUGCUGGGAUACGAGUAUAACACCCUUGCGCCCUGAGAACCUCCGUAAGGACAGCCGAGCAAAUCUCAGGAGAAUAUUUCGACAACCUCAAAGCUGCUGAGAACUAUGGUCUUUAGGAGCUGAGACGACUUAACACUUUCUGAUGCCAUUUGCCAUAUUUUACUUAGAAGAAACUCAGAGCACAGCAAAUUCCUAACAAAACCACGUCCUCCCGACCCUCCUCCAGAGUACUCAGAUCGUGACGUGUUGUUAACUCAUGAUAAAUGUCAAUAAGCACUUUUGUCGUAGCUGAUAUGAAACCUUCCUCAAUAACACCAUUAAGGUCCUUUGAUUUUAUACAAUAAUAAAAUGUCUCGACUUUUAACCAAACUAGACACAAAAAAAAAAUAUAUAUAUAUAUUACACUUCUUUUGACAACAAUGAAUUAAGUCUUGUUGAAACGUUGAUGCCAAAUAUGGAUUAUGUAAACCAAGAUUCUGGAGUUAAUCCUGAGCUUAACGAAUAGACAAUGUAAACCUUAACUCCUGAUACGUUUAUAUUAUAGUUUUAUGAGUCGACGAUUUAAAGCACAAAGGCUGUGAUGUGUUUAGACCAAUUUAAUAAGUUUAAGUAAUGACUGUAUGAGAGAGUUUACAAAUCAUAUCAAACAUUAUGAGUGAGAAUAUAACCUAUAGCAUCUUUUUUUUUUUCUACUCAUUUUCAUCUUGUAGGGAAUUACACCGGUUUUAUAGGUCAAUACUCACUCUUGACCUCUGUAUAUAUGUUAGUGAGUUUUAUGGUGUGUGUGUGUGUGUGUGUGUGUGUGUGUGUGUGUGUGUGUGUGUGAGAGAGAGAGAGAGUGAGUGAGAAAGACGCACAUCAAUCCAGACUGCAACAGAUGACAGCUCAUGGUAUAAACCUCCUCAUAACACUGAAGGGCAUUGCUACCCAUAAGCUCAUAACACAAUGGGGAUGUUAUACAGUAAGUUCAUACAUCUGAGGUACCGUGUUGUGUCGUAAACCCACAACACAGUAGAUUUUUUGUAUAUCUCCUGUAAGACUUGAGUUAAAUAGAAUGAGUUAGAAUUAUUGAUGACAGGUUGAGUGAGUUAGUGAGUGUGUGUG